GAGAGUGUGGGAGGCAGGUAUUCACACACAGAUGUUAGUGGAGGAGAGUGUGGGAGGCAGAUAUUCACACACAGAUGUUAGUGGAGGAGAGUGUGGGAGGGAGGUAUUCACAUACAGAUGUUAGUGGAGGACAGUGUGGGAGGGAGGUAUUCACACACAGAUGUUAGUGGAGGAGAGUGUGGGAAGGAGGUAUUCACAUACAGAUGUUAGUGGAGGAGAGUGUGGGAAGGAGGUAUUCACACACAGAUGUUAGUGGAGGACAGUGUGGGAGGGAGGUGCUCACAUACAGAUGUUAGUGGAGGAGAGUGUGGGAGGGAGGUGCUCACAUGCAGAUGUUAAUAUAGGACACCUUAUCCUGGCUUAUGCUGUGCUCUGAAUGUGAAAAGUCUCCUACAAGCAGUUCAUGUGUCUGAGCAUUUGGUUUCCAGCUGGGCUGCCAUUUGGUAAGAUUUUGGGACCAUUAAGAGGUGGAGCCUGGUGGAGGAAGUGGGUCACUGGGGACAGGCUUGAGACUUUAUAGCCUGGUGCCACUUUCUCUUCAUUUUCUCUGCCUCCUUGCUGCUGAUACACUGUGACCGGCUGACUUCCUGCUCCUGACACCAAGUCUCCUAUGCCCCGGUGGAAAUAUAUCUUCAAACUAAUAUGGCAGCCGAAGGAGAAGCCCUUGAGGAGAGGAUUUCCGAAUUUGAUGAAGAUUCGGCCUCUGAGUUCUCUGCUCUUCUCGGUGUGGAUGCGUUUCAGGUCAUAAAGAGACGAGAAGAAGAAGACCAUCAGGAACGAAUGAAAAUGAAGAAAGGUUUUAACUCGCACAUGCGCAGUGAGGCCAAGCGAUUAAAGACCUUCGAGACCUAUGACACACUCAGAUCAUGGACGCCACAGGACAUGGCAGCCGCUGGGUUUUACCACACUGGGGUGAAACUUGGGGUUCAGUGCUUCUGCUGUAGCUUAAUCCUCUUUUGCACCAGACUCAGGAAUCUUCCCAUAGAAAGUCACAAGAAAUUCCGUCCAGGAUGUGAGUUCCUUUUGGGCAAAGACGUCGGUAACAUUGGCAAGUAUGACAUAAGGGUGAAGAGUCCCGAGAAGCUGAGAGGUGGCAAAGCAAGGUACCAAGAAGAGGAGGCCAGACUGGAGUCCUUUGAGAAAUGGCCGUUUUAUGCCCAUGGGACAUCUCCCCGUGUGCUCUCAGCAGCUGGCUUUGUCUUUACAGGUAAAAGGGACACUGUGCAGUGUUUCUCCUGCAGUGGAUGCUUGGGAAACUGGGAAGAAGGAGAUGAUCCUUGGAAGGAGCAUGCCAAGUGGUUCCCCAAGUGUGAAUUCCUUCAAAGUAAGAAAUCCUCAGAGGAAAUUGCCCAGUAUAUUAAAAGCUACGAGGGAUUUGUCCAUGUAACGGGAGAACAUUUUGUGAAUUCCUGGGUCAGAAGAGAAUUACCUAUGGUGUCAGCUUACUGCAAUGACAGCGUCUUCGCUAAUGAAGAACUAAGGCUGGACACCUUUAAGGACUGGCCCCAUGAAUCCCCUGGGGCUGUUGAAGCUCUGGUGAGAGCAGGCCUUUUCUACACAGGCAAAAAUGACACUGUCCGGUGUUUUUCCUGUGGAGGAUGUAUGUCGAAAUGGGAGGAAGGUGACGACCCAUUAGAAGAUCAUACCAAGUUUUUUCCCAACUGUGUAUUUCUUCAAAACCUGAAGUCCUCUGCAGAAGAGAUUCCUGCCUUUCAGAACUAUUGCCCAUUUCCGGAAGCCAUGGACACCACAGGUGAAAGCAAUCACGAGGAUCCAGUGGCCGUUCACUCUACGGUGGCCGACCUGGCUCAGAGUCCAACCCAGUGGUUUCAAGAGGCAAAGAGUCUGAGUGAGCAGCUGAGAGGAGCCUACACCAAGGCCACUUUCCGCCACAUCAAUCUGCCAGAGGUGUGUUCCAGCCUUGGCACUGACCACUUGCUUGGUUGUGACCUGUCCAUGGUUUCAAAGCACAUCAGCAGGCCAGUGCAAGAGACCUUGAUGCUUCCUGAGGUCCUCAGCAAUCUCAACUCCGUCAUGUGUGUGGAGGGGGAAACUGGCAGUGGGAAGACAACCUUCCUGAAGAAAACAGCUUUUCUCUGGGCAUCAGGAUGCUGUCCCCUGCUGAACAGGUUCCAGCUGGUCUUCUACAUCUCCCUUGGUUCCACCAGACCAGACCAGGGGCUGGCUGACAUCAUCUGUGGCCAACUCCUAGAGGCAGGAGGAUGCAUCAGUGAAGUGGGCCUGAGCAGCAUCAUCCAGCAGUUAAAACACCAGGUGCUGUUCCUGUUGGAUGACUAUCAUGGGAUGGACUCACUGCCCCAAGCCAUCGAAACCCUGAUUACAAGAAACUACCUGACCCGAACCUGCUUAUUGAUCACUGUCCAUACAAACAGGGCCAGGAACAUCCGCCCAUACCUAGAUACAAUUCUAGAGAUCAAAGAGUUUCCCUUCUGUAACACUAUCUCUGUAUUACGGAAGCUAUUCUCACAUGAUCUAACCCGUGUUCAAAGGUUUAUUAAUUACUUUGGAAAUAAUGAAGAUUUACAGGGAAUUCACAAAACUCCUCUCUUUAUGGCAGCAGUCUGUACUGACUGGUUUCAAAAUCCUUCUGACCAGUCCUUUCAUGAUGUGGCAGCUUUCAAGUCCUAUAUGAAAUAUCUUUCCUUAAAACACAAGGCUACACCUGAGCCUCUCAAGGCCACUGUGUCCUCAUGUGGCCAGCUGGCCUUGAGAGGCCUUUUUUCAUUUUGUUUUGAGUUUAGUAGUGAUGACCUCUCAGAAGCUGGUGUUGAUGAAGAUGAAGAUCUGACCACCUGCUUGAUGAGCAAAUUCUCUGCCCAGAGACUGAGACCAGUUUAUCAGUUCUUAAGUCCUUUGUUCCAAGAAUUUCUGGCUGCCAUGAGGCUAACUGAGCUCCUGAGUUCAGAAAGGCAGGAAGACCAAGAUUUGGGACUUGGUUAUUUGAGACAAAUUAACUCACCCUUGAAGGCUAUGAAUGCCUACAGUAAUUUUUUAAAGUAUGUCUGUAGCCACCCGUCAUCAAAGGCAGGGCCAAAAAUUGUAUCUCAUUUGCUUCAGUUGGUGCAUGAUAAAGAGUCGCUGGAGAACAUGUCUGAAAAUGAGGAUUAUGUGAAGCUCCAUCCAGAAACUUCCCUGAGGAUAGAGUUUGUUCGGGGGUUGUGGCAGGUAUCUCCUGAAGUUUUCUCUUCAUUUGUUUCAGGACGUCUAUUGAGCAUCGCUCUAAACUUUGCUUAUGAAAGCAACACAGUGGCUGCAUGUUCUCCAUUUAUUUUGCAGUUCCUUCGAGGGAGAACACUGGCUUUGAAUGUACUGAAUUAUCAGUACUUUGGGGACCACCCAGAAAGCCUGCUAUUAUUGAAGAGUAUUGGGGUCUUCAUAAGUGGAAAUAACUGGAUAAGGAGAAUAGAUUUUUCACUCAUGGAAAAAGAUUUUGAAAAAUUACAGCCACCAACUACAGAUGAGGACUAUGCAUCUGCCUUUCAACCUAUGAAUGAAUGUGAAAAAAAUUUAUCUGAAAAAGAAGAGAUAAUAAAAAACUUUUUAGAUAUCCAACACCAAGCCCCACCCAACAUCAGUGCUGGCUACUGGAAACUGUCCCCCAAGCUGUACAAGAUCCCUAGGCUGGAAGUCAGAGUGGCCAACGUGGGUCUAGCAGACCCAGCGCUGCUCCGGGUCCUAAUGGAAGUCUUCUCGGCAUCACAAAAUAUUGAGCUCCAUUUGAAGCACAGCAGUGGCUUUCUUGAAAGCAUCUGCCCAGCUCUGGAGCUGAAUAAGACCUCUGUCACCAAGUGCUCCAUGCACAGACUAGAGCUCAGCCCAGCGGAACAGGAGCUGCUUCUCAGCCUGCCUGCCCUGCAGUCUCUUGAGGUCUCAGGGACAAACCAGUUACCAGAUCAACUCUUUGCUAACUUGGACAAGUUCCCAAGCCUGAGAGAACUGUCUGUGAUACUAGAUGGCAUUCCAGAUGUGCUUUCGGUCAUCCCUGGAGAUUUCCCAAACUUUCACCACAUGGAGAAGUUAUCUAUCCAAACUUCCACAGAGUCUGACCUCUCCAAACUGGUUAAAUUGAUCCAGAACUCUCCAAAUCUCCAAGUUUUCCACCUGAAAUGUGAUUUCUUUUCAAACUGUGAGUCUCUCAUGACUGUGCUUGCUUCCUGCAAGAAACUCAGAGAGAUUGUGUUUUCUGGACGAUGCUUUGAAGCCAUGCCAUUUGUCACCACUUUGCCAAAUUUUGUUUCUCUGAAGAUAUUGAAUCUUGAACACCAACAGUUUCCAGAUAAGGAAACAUCAGAAAAGUUUGCACAGGCUCUGGGUUCUCUCAGGAACCUGGAAGAACUGCUCCUUCCCACUGGGGACGGGAUUCACCAAGUGGCCAAACUGAUUGUCCGGCAGUGUCUGCAGCUUCGGUGUCUCCGAGUUCUUGCCUUUAAGGAGACUUUGGAUGACGACAGUGUGAUGGAAAUCGCCAAGGGAGCAACCAGCAGAGGUUUCCAGAAACUUGCAAAAUUAGAUCUUUCAUUGAAUCACAAGAUUACAGAAGAAGGGUACAGACAUUUCUUUCAAGUCUUGGACAACCUGCCAAACUUGCAAGUGCUCAACAUUUCUAGGCAUCUCCCAGAAUCCAUCCAAGUUCAGGCCACCACUGUCAAGGCUCUGAGUCAGUGUGUGUCCCGACUGCCCAGCCUCACCAGGCUUCAUAUGCUCAGUUGGCUCCUGGAUGAAGAGGACAUGAAAGUGAUUAAUGCUGUGAAGGAGAGACACCCUCAGUCCAAACGCUUGAUUGUUCACUGGAGGUGGGUAGUGCCCUUCUCUCCUGUCAUUCAGAAGUGAAGGAUGCAGCUGAAGAUUACUGGAGGUCUCAAAACCCAAUUUCCGAAUACAUUUCACUCUAGACAAGCAUGGUGUCCCCAGUACUUAGGAGACUGAGACAGGAGGAUCAAGAGGUUGAGUCCAGCUGGGUUACAUAACAAGACCUGCUGAUGAACCAAAUCCUUUACUGUUACAUACACAAGAAUAUUCUUAGCCUGUCAGGCUGGUUACUGUUUGCAAGCCUGCACGCCCACAGUGAGCUAUGACAAGCAGUCCUUGGCAAUCCUCGUAUGGUCCUCCUGUCUAAAGACUAGAGCCUCACUCAAGUUCAUACCGAGAACCCUCCAUUGCCAAGGUCAACAGGAAGGGGCGGGGAAAGGAACAUUGAUCUGUGUAAAAGUCAGAACAAGGAAGGCGCAUUUGAUGGAGGUAAGAAAUGGCCAGUUUAAGGAUGAGUCAGUCCCACCCAUGGUGAAGCAUGAGCUGACUUUAGCACAGGAUGCAGAGGACUCUUUGCAGAGAUGCUCUUUAGUCUUUGCAGGGCUUCUGUAGAGUCACCAGCCUUGGUGUGGCCAUGCUUGCUCACACCAUCUCCCAUCCAUUGUCGAUGUGAGGAAGAAAGUGGGCUUAGAGAAAACUGCUUUUGUUCCAGAGGCUUUUGAGAGUUACAUAUAUUAUGACAGCUUUAUCAUUUUGUUGGGAAUCCAGUCCGUUUUAUGUGAUUUGAUCUUGUAAGGAUUCCUGGGUAUAUUAACUUGAUUGUGAUAAUUGUCAUUUCGUACUGGUCACUGCUCUAGAGGUGGUGGGACCUGGGAGAAUGGAAUCAAUAAAUGAAGCAGACUACAAUCUCAUGCAAUAGCCAGCUUUAUUCAGAGCAUCAGACAAUUUAUACUCGGGGAGUUAAGGAGGUCACCUAAGUAAAGUUCUCUUGUGUUCAAGCUGUAGACAAUCACAAAAACAAGCCGCGUGUGGCAAAAACAUGUUUUUCUAUAGAACAGCAGUUCUCAACUUGUUGGUCAAGACCACUAGGGGUCAAAUGACCCCUUCACAGGGGUCACUUUGGACCAUUGGAAAACACAGAUAUUUACAUUACGAUUUGUAACAUUAGCAAAACUACAGUUAUGAAGUAGCAACAAAAAUAAUUUUAUGAUUGGGGGGUCACAACAUGAGGAACUGUAUUAAAGGACUGAAACAUUAAGAAGGCUGAGAACCUCUCUAAAGAGGCAAAUAAAGGAUAAUUUAAGCAUUUAAUUGAAUAACAACAGCAAGCAAUAAUGAGUAAUCUGAAGUAAACUCAGUCCUAUUUGCUACACCUAGGAGGAACACAAAAACACAUUGUAAAAACAAUUCCGUGUUUUGAAGAAAUCACAAGCACUCAGAAUUCUCCUCACAUGACUCCAUUCUUAGACCAUGUCCUGACACAUAAUGUAUAUGAAAAAACCUAUGUACCUUAAAUAUAUAUGCCUUUUAUUUUUCAGUUAUCCUAUAAUAAAUCUUGGAAAAGAUUCCCAAAGUUAAAAAUAAAAAAUAAUUAGUAUUGGUUAUCUCUGAGAACUGAGAUAGUUCCUCCCUUUUGUCCUAUUUUGUUUUAUAAAUUGCCUGUUAUUUUAAUAUUUAAUAUAAAACUUCAGGCUUGAGGUGUAGUUCAAAAGUGUGUGCCUACAUAGUAUUCCUGAGAUCCUAAGCACAAUCUCCAGCACUACCGAAAAUACAUAACAAAAUCAGUACAUAUUAAGUAAGUAAGGCCUGGAGAGAUGGCUCAGCAGUUAAGAGCACUGGUUGCUCUUCCAGAAGACCUGGCUCUGUGGUUAAAAGCAGUCAUGGUUCUUGCAGAGGACCCAGGUUCAAUUCCCAUCACUCCCGUGGUAGUUUUGAGUCACCUGUAACUCCAGCUCCAGGAAAUCCAACAUCCUUUUCUGGCCUCUCUGGAUACCAGUUAAACACAUGGUACACACAUAUAUAUGCAGACAAAACACCCAUGCCCAUAAAACAAAAAAUAAGUCUUUUAAAAAGAAAAAAAGAAACAUUUCUAAUAAGAGUUCAAUGGUUCUGAUUUAUUCCUCAGCACUUAAAAAGGAAAAACAAAACUACUGAAAUGUCUAUUUCUGGUCACAUACUCCAUAUCCCAACUCUGACUCCUUCAAAUGGGCUGCUUUUCUGAACAUCUGCUUCAUUUUUAAGUUUUUUUUUUUUAAAAAAGCAAAACAAAACCAGGAAGUCAAUUUUAUAGCAAAGAAUAGUACACAUAGAGCACAACUGAAAUAAGUAACAAUAGCUGUAAACUCAUAAAAAUAGAUAUUAAAUAUGAUUUUACUAAGCUAGAAAACAACUUUCAUUGGAAGAGUUCUUUACAAGCACGGGUAAGUGUUCUUUCAUGCUUACAUCCUCUCCCCAAGCUUUUAUCUCUUCCAUCUCACUGAAACAGCUGUUUUAGCAUCACCAGCGACCUCCACGUUGGUACGUUCAAUGACUGUGCUGCGGCCUUCAUCUUACUUGUCCUGUUUCCAGCAUCUGAGCUACUGAUGGGCUCAUCACUGGUCUCUAAGAAACGCCUGCUUCAUCUGACAUUAGGGCCUCACUCCUGGUUUCCUCCUCAGACUGCUCCAGCUCAGUCCUCUGCUGUUCCUCUUUUACCACUGGGGGGCAUCUGAGGUCUCCUGACUGUGUGUGAGUGCACUUCCUGGAACACCUCAUCCAGCUGAGGGGCUUUAAGUUCCAUGCCUACACUACCUCCUCCAUCUCCAGCUCUAGCCCUGGACUCUUUUUAUAUAACCCUAAUGGGCAUUGCAUAUUUCACAUCUCCAAAGUGUGGUGAUACUUUAUUUGUGCUGAAAUGUGGUGAUAUUUUAUUUGUAUGUUAAUAAAUAAAGUUUGCCUGGAGAUCAGAGGAAAUAGCAAGCCAUUUUAAGUAACACAAAAGUCAGGCAGUGGUAGCACACGCCCUUAAUCCAAUAACUUGGCAGGCAGGGUCUCUGUGUGUUCAAGGCCACACUAGGGAACAGAACCACACAUAGUGAGUGACACACACCUUUAAUCCCAUAGAGACCUGAAGGUCUGUACAGACAGGCAGUGACAAGGAAAUGAGGUAGCUGGGCUAAGAGCCAAUGAGAGGGCAGAAUAACAAGGCAAUAAAGGUGCAGGAAGUAGCACACUUUGGAAGCUGCAGCGUGGUGAGGUAAGGUUAGCUGGUAGCUAUUCCUAUUUCCCUGAUCUCUAAGGCUUUCAUCUCUAUAUUUGGCUCCGUGUUUUUUAUUUAAUAAGACCGCUUAGAAAUUUGUCUACACCAAAGCUAACUCUUAGCCUUCCCCUUCACUGAAGUACUCUGAUGGCACACUUUCAUCUCUUGACUCCCACUGGACUCCUCCAGGUGCUUAGGGAAACGCUUGGAGUUAUCCUUAGCUCUUCUUAGACCAUGUAUAAUCUACUGACAAAUCCUGGCAAUUCCACUUGCAAAAUACAGUGGAUUCCACAUGGUUAGCCCACUUUGGUGAAAUCUGCAGUGUAGUUUCACCACGCAGUCAGAGGUUCCUCCUAGAGGUCAGGUCAUGCUCUACCUCUGCCUCACUAUUCCCCACUGGAGUCCCAGCUAAAGGGAAAUGCUCUCAACCUCACAGUGUCCUAUGUACAGCCUGACUCUUGGCCCCUGCUCAUCCCUAUCUCCUUAUGCUUCCUCUCACUCUGGCCACUGGCCUCCUUGCUUGUCCUUGACUAUUCCACACACAUUCUAAUAGAAAGGCAUUUGCUGUUGCUUUUCCUAGGAUGUUCCCUCAUGCCAUGGUUUGGAAAUGCCAUCCCUACUGUGAGCUACUAGGAAUGGGAACUUAAUCUACUGUGCUUACCCCUGGGGUCUUUGGAAGGUAUUUAGGAUAAGGUCAUCAAGAUGAAUGAAUCCUAGUGGCUUCCUGAGAGGCCAGGUAUGAACACAUACACAAAGUACACAAAUCAUGCUCAUUGCCUCUUGCAAUAUUAUGCCUGAUUCAAGCUCAGCACAUUAGACAAAAUCAUCAGCCCUGAACCUCCAGAACUGUGAGCCAAUAUAAGCUUUCUAACCACCCCCUGUAGGCUAUUUUCCAUUGUGUCCGAGAUGACAGAGUGCAUGUGUAUGCGUGGGUAUGGAUGCCCAUGUCUACGUGCCGAAGGUCACCACGGGUGUCUUUGUCACCGCCUGCACUAUUUCCUUGAGAACCUGGAACUUGGGGCUUUGAGGCUAGGCUGAUGGCCGACAAACCAGUGAUGCUCUGGCUGCCCCUCUGCGCUGCCCUUCUCCCACUGAGCCAUCUCCACUGCCUAUUGUCUUUAGUUCAGCCUUCCCGUUGUUGUUACUGCAUUAGAUGUGGUCUCUUGUUGGCCAGGCUGGUCUUAAAUGAUGAAUCCUACCACCUCAGCUUUUCAAGUAACUGGUGCUGUAUCAUAUGCCAACAUACAAGGCAUCCUAGUUUCACCAAGAGCAACUCCCAGCACUUAAAAAAAGUUGAGUAUUUGCCAGAAUGAAUAACCUCAGUCCAAGUAAAUGUAUUGGGUACUAAAGGGAAUUAAAAUUAAUGUUAAUGUCUAAUAUCUGGUUGGAAGUUAACUGGAUAUAUUAGUAAUUAAAUUUAACUUGCAAAUUAACCAAUUAAGCUGUGCCAAAUCUAUAAUAGCCAACUGUCAUGAAAUAUUCCCUCUAAAAGCUCAAGUCAUAUUUUGCAAAGCUACUUACUAGAUAUUGACUAUUCAUUAAUUUAAUAAUACUUACUUGACGGCUAAUAUGCUAGGCGCAUAGGGGGCUUAGUUAAUUUAGUUUACCUACUCAAAACUUAGGAAUAGCAUUUACCAUAUUGUUUUUAUGGUAGUGGAGAUGAAACCCAGGGAGCUUAGUUAAUUUAGUUUACCUAGUCAAAACUUAGGAAAGGAAUAGCAUUUACCAUAUUGUUUUUAUGGUAGUGGAGAUGAAACCCAGGGCCUUGUACAUGUAAGGCAAGCUCUACCAUGGGCUCUAUCUCCAGCUCAACAGAGCUGAUCUCUUAACCUUUUCCUCCAGAGGUGAAUGAACCAGGGAGAAGCCUGAGUGCUUGACACCAACCCUCACAAGACUCUAAUGAAGGUACACACGGAACUGCAAGGCCAUGAUGGGGAGAGAACAGCAGGGGCUGUGGUGAUAUAUUGUGCACCCUAAUAAGAUUUGUGGUGAUAUAUUGUGUACCCUAAUAAGAUUUGUGGUGAUAUAUUGUGUACCCUAAUAAGAUUUGCCUGAAAAUCAGAGAACAGAACAAGCCACUAGAUUAAACAUAGAGGCCAGGCAGAGGUGGCACACACCUUAGCACUCAGAAGACAGAGAUCCAUCUGGAUCUCUGUGUGUUCAAAGCCACCCUGGACUACAUGAGAUUGACUCAGUCUAGGAGAGAUACAGAGCCAGGCAGUGGUGGCACACACCUUUAAUCCCAAUACUUGGGAGUCACAUGCCUUUAAUCCAGGCACUAAGAAGGAAGUGAUGGCUAGGCACAGAAAGGUAUAUAAGGCAUGAGGAGACAGGAACUAGAGGUUUUUCAGGCUGAAGAGUACAAGAGGUAAGACAUGGCAGUGGCUUGUUCCUUUGUCUCUCUGAUCUCUCAGCAUUACCCCAAUAUCUGGUUCUGAGUUUUAUAUUAUAAGACCUUUUAAGAUUUGAGCAACAAGGGGCAAUUGGGUCAGGCAGGAGGUAAGGAGGUGAGGUGAGGAGGUAAGGAACAUCAGGGGGAGAGAGGGAGACUAGAAAGACAGACAAGGGAGGAUGCAAAGAGAACAAUACAGCUUCUAAAAGACAACACAGGGUGUGGUGCUGGGGAUGUCUUUCUGUACACUGUGAAUGUGUUGCUCUGAUUGAUUGAUAAAUAAAACACUGAUUGGCCAGUAGCCAGGCAGGAAGCAUAGUAUAGGCAGGAUAAAGAGAGAGGAGAAUUCUGGGAAGGGAAGGCUGAAUCAGGAGAUGCUGCCAGCUGCCGCCGCCAUGAGAAGCAAGAUGUAAAAGUACAGGUAAGCCACAAGCCACAUGGCAACUUACAGAUUAAUAGAAAUGGGUUAAUUUAAGAUAUAAGAACUAGAUAGCAAGAAGCCUGCCACAGCCAUACAGUUUAUAAGUAAUAUAAGUCUCUGUGUGUUUACGUGGGUCUGAGUGGCUACAAGAGUCGGGUGGACACAAGAAAACUUCAGCUAUAGUGUGGUGGUACUGCCUGUGGCGUCAGUAUUUGGGGGCGGAGUCAAGAGGGCUGUAAAUUGCAGGAAACUCAGACUGCACAAAAAUCUUUCAAAAAAGUGAAGAACAGGGCUGGUGAGACGGCUCAGCAGGUAAAGGCACCUGCCAACCAACAACCUGGAUUCAAUCCCUAGAACCUACAGAGUAGGAAGAAGAGCCAAGACUUCAUAAGCCGUUCUCCGACCUCCAGAUUUGAGCCAUGGGAAACACACACAUAACCCAGAACUCACCUUGGUUCCUGGCUAGCCAGUGUAGACCCUGUGACACUAACUAGCUUUUGUUUCCC